CCACCUCCGCUUCGUGUCACAGGCAUCAUCACAGCGGCAGACAUUUGGCAAGGCAGUCAGCAGACUGCGGGUGUGUGGCUGUUCUGGCUGCAUCGGGAAAAUAGUUUUUUUUCGUGUGAUUACCGCAGUGUUGUUCUUUUUCUCUGCCGUUUCCGGGCUGUAGAGUGGAUAGCAGCUCAAGGCAAAUGUGAUGGUGAUGCUGAGUACGCGUAUCUGAUUUGACUAGAUCGAGGCCAGGGGGAUCUGUAACAGCGUGGCGGUAAGAUAGAGGGAGGGAGAGCGAAAGAAACUGGUCUGUCCGUGACUGUGUCCGUCUGUCGCGCGUUCCGUGGUUGUGAAUGGACUGUGCUCCCUCUGUGAUUCUCUGCAGUCACUUUGAGCCGUUUUUGGAGGAAGAUGGCGGACAGGGCUGAGAUGUUUUCCCUCUCCACCUUCCACUCCCUCACUCCUCCAGGCUGCAGACCUUCCCAUGACAUUAGUCUCGAGGAGUUUGAUGAUGAGGAUCUGUCUGAAAUCACAGACGACUGUGGAAUAGGACUCAACUAUGACUCUGAUCCCUAUGAAAAGGACUGUCUGAUUCUGGAGAAGAGCGAUAUGCACCACCCGGUCUGCUCCUUCCAGGACGACUUCCAGGAGUUUGAGAUGAUCGAUGACGAGGAUGAGGAGGAUGAGGAAGAGGAAGAUGAAGACGAGGUGGAUCCUGACGCUCCUCCCUCCCCCACCGCUUCCCCUCCUUCUUCCCCCACCCUUGGCACGCUGAAGAGCCGGCCCACUACCCUCAACCUCACCACCGCUGUCUCACAGGACUCACUGAACAACAACAGCAGUCUUUCUCCAAAGAAGGGCAGCUGGCAGGACUCUCUACGCAACCCUACCUCACAGGGCCGUCUGUCUCCAACCCACUCUUGUCUGGAGGAUGGGAGUCACGUGAUGGGCCAAUGCCCUUCCCAACCAGCCCCCCAGGCCCCAGGGUCCCAGAGCAAAGGCUCCUUCGGUCAACACAAGUCUCACCCGGGCUCUAAUGAGGUCAUUAACUCCUCAGCUGACCCUCUGAUCUUCAGAGUUACAUCCCUGGAUGACCAAUCCCAAUGCUCUGACACUGAGGUUGACCACGACCUCAACAGCGCUGACCACAACCACAAACUUUCACGGUCCUGCACGUCCACCCAGCGACGUGCUACCGACACCUACACGGUCACCACUGAGUCAGGCCUAGACCCGGAACUGGAGAACGAUCCAGAUGGGACCAGCCGAUGCCUGUCCUCCACUGCUCCCAUUGGGGGGAAUGACGGAGCUGACACCCCUCUGUCAGAUGAGGAGCUGGAGAAAGAUUUUGACGUAGAGUUUAUGUGUAAGGAGACUUAUGACAUGGUGUGUAAGGAGAACCAGAGCUCAGUCUAUGUUGAGUUCCCCUCCAUCGAGCCCUCUGAGCUGGCUUCCUUCUCCAGCUACAUGUCAUCAAGCCGCUCUGAUGUUCUCGACCAAUCCCGAAGCACUAAUCAGAGCCAGCAUCCAGGUGCAGCUAUUGAGGUGGCCAAUGACUCCAACUCUCCAUCCUCGGACCCGGGCAUUGCUGACAUGAACGCUAAGCGGUGCUACACCACCUCAGACCAAGACCAGGACCUGAGCUCUCCCGGGUCAGACUCAGACAUCGAAGGGGAGCUUGAGGCAGCAUUCGCCUGCGGAGGACCCCUGGUCUCCAACAUGAUCUCUUCCAUCUCAGAGACAGAGCUGGACCUGACUAGUGAUGACAGUAGUAGUGGACGCUCCUCCCACCUCACCAACUCCAUCGAGGAGGCCAGUUCACCCACCUCCGACCAGGAACUGGACCCGGACACCGAGUUAGAACAGGACAGUGGAAUUGUGGGAAUGAAGGUAUCACUCCUCCUUGGCCAGCCAGACCCCAUCAAAGAGGACUCACCCUUACCCUCACCUUCACAACUUUUCUCCUCAACCCUGGCCACCCCCUCCCCUGCUGACUCCCUCGUCCUACCUCCUGAGCCCUAUGAUGACGGCCAGGCUCUGAUGGGCCUACAAAGUGUAGAUGAUGAUGAUGAUAAUGACCUGCCCUAUGAGCACCAGGCCGACCCAGAUGAGACCCUGCCCCCAGCCCAGCACUGUGAGGACAGCAUGUCCAGACAGAUGGUCCUCCAGAUAGAACCAGACCACAGCCUGGAGAGCUUCAAACGCUCCUUCUACCUGCCAGUAGGACCAAGACUCAUACCCACCCAUGCUGACGACUACGAUGGGAACAGUGAGGGAGGGUCUGAGUCGGAGAGCGAGGAUGAGCUGAGUGAGAAUUCAGACUCACCUUGGUUGCUAAGCAACCUGGUGAACAAGAUGAUCUCGGAGGGGUCUUAUCCAAUCAGCUGUCCUGAGGACUGUUUCAAGAGGUCAGUGUCCAUCUCGGACACCAUCUCACCCUCCUCGGACAUCGAGCCAGACGCGUUCACCGAAGCCACGGACGAACAAAUGCAGAAAACUGGGACGAAGAGAUCGGAGGAGGAGGAUAAAGAAGGGACGGGCCUGAGGAAGGAAGGGAAGGAUAGAGAUAAGAGGGAGAAGAGUGCAGAGCCACCCAAAGGGAAUGCAGGGAAAGCAAACAAAAGAUUCGGCUCCUGUCUGUACAUGAACAAUCCUACAGCUGACACCAUCAGACCGGUGAUCGUGGAGCGCUAUGGCAACAGGAUAUCCACAGACAACAACCACACUCAGGAUUCUGAGAAAGACACCAGCCCUAAAUCUGGCAAAAACACCAAGAAGAAGGAUGAGGAAAUGGAUGUUAUUGUGGAGCCUGAUAACGACCUGAUGAUGCUGGAGGGGAGGAAGGAACUGGACUCUCCCAGUCUGAGUGACAGCGUAGCGAGUGACAAGGACGAAGGCCGCGAGAUGGAGGCCAAGCCCACCGGACGCUCUACGGCCUCCCUGGAACGCAUCACCACGGUCAAACACAGCAUGACGCUGGACAUCCCCACUGCCCAGACCAACCGAUGCUUCAGCCUCACCUACUCCACCGACAACGAUGAGGAAGAGGAGGAGGAAGAGGAAGGAGACUGCUCCCCGUUCCUGAGCUGCCUGAGGAAGCAGUCAUCCUAUCGUGGCAGCAAUCAAUAUCUGGACAGCUCACCGCCUAUCGAUGAGAGCGUCCGGGACCUCCCCCUGUCAAAGCAGGACCCCACCCUGUGUGUGAGGGACCUCCCCCUGCAGGCCCUGCGGUCCAGGCCAGAUGAUGAUGGUCUGGCGUACGACUCCAUGAAGUACACUCUGGUGGUGGAUGAGAACACUACACUGGAGCUGGUCAGCCUCAGGCGAUGUACCUCAGUGCUGAGUGACGACAGUGAGCUGUCUACACUGUGUGAUGAUGACCCUCUGGGGACGGGGGAGGUGGGAAACGGCCAGGGGAAUGGAGGGGUGCGGCCAGAACUCCUCAGCUCCUCAGAAGACUCCUCCCCUGAGGCUGACAUGCAUUUCUCCAAGAAGUUCCUCAAUGUGUUUGUCAACAGCACCUCUCGAUCCUCCAGCACAGAGUCGUUUGGGCUGUUCUCCUGUACCAUCAAUGGAGAAGAGCGGGACCAGACACACAGGGCUGUCUACAGGUUUAUCCCCAGACAUGUGGAUGAGUUGGAGCUGGAUGUGGACGACCCUCUAUAUGUCGAGGAAGAGGAGGAUGACUACUGGUACAGAGGCUACAACAUGCGGACGGGAGAGAGGGGGAUAUUCCCAGCCUUCUACGCCCAUGAGGUCAUAGGGCAGUCCAAGGAGAUAAUGGGAAUGAAGAGGAACCCAGCCUGGAUGGACAGUUUCAGUGUUCAGUUCCUGGGUUCUGUGGAGGUGCCCUAUCACCAAGGCAAUGGCAUCCUCUGUGCUGCCAUGCAAAAGAUUGCGAUAGCGAGGAAGCGGACGGUCCAUUUGCGGCCCCCCUCUCUGUGUGAGCUGGAGAUCAGUCUACAAGGGGUUAAACUGGUGAUGAGCCUGGAGGAUGAAUACGACACUAUGGAUGAGUUUGACAGAUGUAGUCACUUCUUCCAGAUGAAGAACAUCUCUUUCUGUGGAUGCCACCCCAAAAACAAUUGCUACUUUGGCUUCAUCACUAAGCACCCCAUGCUGAACAGGUUUGCCUGCCACGUCUUCGUCUCCCAGGAGUCAAUGCGGCGUGUGGCCGAGAGUGUUGGACGGGCUUUCCAGGAGUAUUACCAGGAGCACCUGGAGUAUGCCUGCCCCACCGAAGACAUCUACCUGGAGUAGAGUAGGCAGGAAGCAGGAAAUGUUGCCAUGACAACAGUCUUCUCUUCUUCUUCCUGCUGCUGCUUGUAUGUUUAUCAAUUUCAAUCACCAGAGGAUGCUGGUGGGUCUUCUCUCCAUUGCAAAAAAUACCCCUAUAUCUCUCUCUGAAACUGAAAUGUUCAUUUCAGUUCUACAGUAUGCUAUGUGUUUUAUUUAUUGAUUCAUUUGUUUGUUUAUUUUCCCUCUUCUAGAUGGAUUGCCUGUUUAUUUGACCUUUUGUUUUCUAUGAUAGUUAUAGGAAUAAGGGUCUUGGCACCUGUUAUUUUAGAUAUGACGUAUUAUAUUCCUACUACUGCUAUUUCACAUGUUCGAAUGCAUGGUUAGGAGGGUAAUGCACACACAGAGCUAUUAGGACACAAAACCAGCUCAACAUUGAAUAGGACCUGGAUCAUAUUGUUUGGUGUAAAUAUACACUACCGUUCAAAAGCUUGGGGUCACUUGUUUUUAAAAGAAAAUAACUUUUUUUUGUCCAUUAAAAUAACACCAAAUUGAUCAGAAAUACAGUGUAGACAUUGUUAAAGUUGUAAAUUACUAUUGUAGCUGGAAACUGAGUAUUUUUUGUAUGGAAUCUACAUAGGUGUACAGCGGCCCAUUAACAGCAACCAUCACUACUGUGUUCCAAAGGCAUGUUGUGUUAGCUAAUCCAAGUUUAUCAUUUUAUAAGGCUAAUUGAUGAUUAGAAAACCCUUUUGCAAUAAUGUUAGCACAUUUCCAGCUGAAAACUGCCUAAAAGGCCAGCAUCCCGGAGUCACCUCUUCACUGUUGACAUUGAGACUGGUGUUUUGCGGGUACUAUUUAGUGAAGCUGCCAGUUGAGGACUUGUGAGGCGUCUGUUUCUCAAACUAGAC